AUUACAUUUAGUAUAAUUUAAUGUUUCGGCCCGGAACAACACCAAGGACAAGUGUGUGCAAUGACGAGGUUUUCCUUCGAUAUUAAGCCUCUGUUCCCGGAGGCGAUUAUAAAAGUGGCGUCGGACAUGCUGCCGCAGAACUCUUCCGGCACGCGUGUGCAGUGCGCUGAUGCCGCGAUGAAGAUGACGGAGAUACUCGACUUAAUCGGUAAGAAGUCGGCCGUAGCCCAGGAGCUGGUCAGCCAGGUGACCACGGCCCAGCGUCUGGGGCUGAGCGACAAUCAAAUCGUUUACCUGAUGGCGGAUGCCGAUGACGGGCCCAACGGGUCUGUGGUUGGGCUGCUCAAGGUGGGCACCAAGGAUCUCUACCUGUACGAUGGGACUGGCAAGGCGCACCAGGUGAAGCGGGCACCGGCCAUACUUGACUUUUAUGUGGACGAGAAGCACCAGCGCCGCGGGCUGGGCAAGCAGCUCUUCGAGACGAUGCUGACGCAGGAGGGGUGGUCCCCGGUGAAGCUAUCGAUUGACCGCCCAUCCUCGAAAAUGCUACUCUUCAUGGCCCGCCACUACGGGCUGGUGCGCACCAUACCGCAGGCCAAUCACUUCGUCCUCUAUGAGGGAUACUUUAACGAUGUCGCCCCCUCGUCACCGUCGCCGCAGGGCAACAAGAGCUUGCCAACCAGUUUAGCCGCCGGUUCUAAUAACCAAAGCAGCAUCGGCGAGCGGUGUGCUAAUUACAGGAAACGCCGCACCAUGGAUGAGCCUGGCAGUGGCACCAACUGCAGCAUGGCCGAGAUUAUGCAGAAUUCUCAUGGCAGAAACAACAAAGGCAAUGCCGCUGGCGAUGCACAGCCAUCCAGAAGGAAUUUACGCAACAAUUAAGCUACACCACAGUCCACACGAAUAUGUACAGCACAGACACACAAACACACAGACUUGGGCAGGGCAGAGCAGAGCC